AUGUGGGUAGCGAACUACGAUCGCCUACCGACAAGAUCAAGACUGAUCUCUUGGGGUCUUGCAAUUCCAGCGACGUGUCCUCUCUGCGCAGCUCUCCCGGAAACGCGUGAUCACUUAUUUAUCUCCUGUCCAUAUACCGGCGAUAUAUGGACUCAGGUAUUCGCUAGAUGCAACCCUCCCUCGCGGAUGUUUGCGGACUGGAACGAGCUCCUAUCCUGGAUCCGAACAGCUACGUCGAAGAGGAAGGUCAUGCUAAGGAAGCUGGCUUCUCAAGCGGUGAUCUUUCAUGUAUGGAAACAGAGGAAUAACCUGAUUCACAAUGCUACUGCCCUGUCUGCUACAACCGUCUUCAUUUCUCUUGACAGGGAGUUGAGGAAUUUAAUCUCCUCUAGAAGAACCAAGAAACAUUUUAGCUCACUUAUGGCUUUAUGGAUUAGAUAG